AUGCGGAGGAACAACGUGGAUCUAAGUCUUGAAAAGCUUUAUUCGUUGAGUCAUGAAUACUCAAGCCAUGCACGUAAGAUGGCUCCCUUUCUGGCUUCAGACGCGCAAAUUAAGCAGUACCGCACGCUAAUUUAUCACGCGAUUGGUGCGCUUCAAACUAUUAAAGCUCAGUUUCAACUCAGUGCAGAGCAAGACGUUUUGAUUACUCUAGAACUCUGCGACCUUUUAACUCAGGAAACGAAUGACUUGGACCUUGCGGAAAUGUAUCUUUCGAGUGUCCACGAACGGCUGUACGGCACGGAGCUUCUACACCAGAAGAUGCUUGUGGCUUCAGCUUUGAUCAAAGUUGCGCGAGCCAGGAAGUCUACGAAACACUCGAAAUCCGCUCUUCGAAUUGCGUCGGCGACUCUCAAAGAUCUCGAAAACUACCAUUCGCCUUGGACCCAAUAUUUUCUUUUAUUGCGCAUCGAACUGAUGAUCGAUACAUCUCCGUUAGACUCCAGAAUCUCUGAGCUGUACAAUGAACUUAUUACCAAUUGUGAUUCGGUAACAGCUUUCCAAACUUACGUCAUAUGCUCUUAUAUCUGCUAUUGCUUCUAUCAGCAUCAAAACGUCAAUCAGGAACAUCUCGAUACGCUAGCUCAGCUUAACAAGACAGAAUUGCCCACACAGCUCAGACUAUGGAAAAACCUCAUAGAUCUACUCCUUCUGAUCUAUCGAGAUCAGAACAUAACGUCGAAGCUUUCUGAGUUCAAAGAUUUGGUGGCUGCGCACAAGAAAGAGCUCACAAAUUCGACAUUUUUCAUACGACUCGACGAUCGUGUCAUUAUUUCGUUGGACACUCCUAUUGUACGCUACAAAGAUUUCAAGCAUGUCAUAUUACUCUUUCAAAGCGUAAGCUAUUUGACCAAUUGUUAUGAUAAAAAGGCUAACUUCUCUGUUAAGUACUUGCCAAAGGUACGAAAAGCAGCUUCCGAGCUUCUGAGUUCCCCAGAAGAAAUUGAUAUGGGCUUGACUAAUAUUAGAAGGGCAUUCUACAAACAAAUCAUCGACCUGUCCAAUUACUACAGCUGUCUGGAGAGUUUAAUUUUGACAGGCGACUGUCUCGACAUCGAGGGUGAUUCCGACUACGCUAUAUUAGUGAAGGCUAUGAAACUUCAACUGAGGCGGGAUACAAAAGCAGCUCUAGAAAGUUACUUAGCACUUCAAGACUCCAAAAGAUCUCCAGAAUUUCAAUUGAUAGGGCUGUGCUCUGAGUUUGCUAUCAGCACAGCAACAAUGAGUAGAACAGGAGGUACGGUGCCUUUUCAUGAAUACCAAAAAGUCGAUAACAUAUGGAACAGUAUUGAAAAGCUUUUCAAAACUCAUUCGUUUAGUGAAAAUCACAUCUGGCGAUGUACAUUGGUUGUGUUGUGGAUCUGCGGCCACUUCCAGCCUUUCACAAAUGCCGAAUUGUCGAAAAGUAAUGAUUCUGAUUACUUAGAAAAACUCCGGCUUUAUUAUACCGCUAAUAGCUUUGCUCGUCUUGCAACUCAUUCACCUCAAAAGCCAAAGGAUACCCACAAAAACGAUCUGGCACCGGUGUUGAAAAAAUCGCUUCUUCUACAUUUUCUGCUGAAUUAUCUCUCCAGCGCUAUUGUCGUGCAUGAUCUGGAAGAGAAAUGUUUAAUAUCAAAUAGCUGCUUUCACCUUUGUAAGCAGCAACACAUGCCACUAAUGGAAUAUAUUGCAGGGCUUUCGCACUUGUUAAAUUGUGGGCUUGCAAUGAAGAGUAAAGAUGUUUCGAUUACAAGAAAUAAACUGAAGUGCUCAGUUCAGAAGCUGCUAACUGUGGGGUUUGAGCAGGCUCAAUAA